AUGAAGCUGCCUACCCUGGAACUGCCGAAAUUCGAUGGAACCCAGGCGCAGUGGCUAUCAUUUCGAGAUACAUUUCAAACGUUAAUUGAUAGUAAUACAUCAUUAGAAAAAAUACAAAAAUUUCAUUAUCUAAAGUCAUGUUUGCAAGGUAGCGCGGCUGAAGUCGUGCAAUCAUUAGAUGUAUCAACUGAUAAUUAUUCAAUCGCAUGGGCUCUAUUAAGAGAGCGAUUUGAAAAUAAGAAGUUGUUAAUACAUCAGCAUAUCCAUGCGCUGUUGGGCAUGGGUUCCAUCAUUAAAGAAUCUCCGGCACAAUUGCGUAGAUUAGUGGACGAAACGACGAAACAAAGAAGCAUCUCCGAGUAUUAA